ACCUUUACACAUUAUGUACAUAUAUGCAUACCUUUAUGCUUGCAUACACCACUGUUCCUUUUUUUUUUAUAUAUAUAGAUGUCUUAUUUUUCUGACGUCGUAGAUUUUGAUGUUUUAUUUUUAUUUAAUAAUCCCAUUUCAUCUGUCAUGAGACUAAUCUGCAGACACUAGGUGAUAUGUAGACCACAUACACUAACCUUAGGUAGAAAGACUGUUAUUACGUUGUCUAUAUGUACCCUGUAGAACCGAAUUUGUGUGGUGUUUACAUAGUCACAGAUUCGAUUUUAGGGGAAUAUAUGGUCGAUGCAAAAACUUCGAUUUGAUACACCUAGAAUAUUUGAUAUGAGCAUACCACAGGGCAGGUGGGAUUUUACUAUAGAUAUUGACCAUCCCGUCAUUCAUUUUCAUAGGGUAUCAUCAAUGUUCCAUCUAUUGUUGGAAGGAUUAUUGUUAAAAUAAAAAUGUAUUAAAAAAUGUUGUACUUCAGAAUAUCAUUCUGCAUACUUGUCCCAUCUUUGUGUUCUAUCAUGCCAUGUUAUAAUGUUAUUUUAUGUACCACUUUACACACACACACACACACACACACACACACACACUCACACACCAGAAUCAGAAUCAUGAUAAUUUAUUAUCAUUUCACAAUAAAAAUCAUAAAUAAAUAAAUUAUAUAUAUAUAUUCUCAAGCCAAUCAUAUAAUGUAAUAGUUAUCUUCUACACAUCUAACAAAAAGCUAUAGGCUUGCAUAAACUUUAAUUUUAUAUCUAUACAUGUAUAAAUAUACAUAUACUCUCAAGCCAAUCAUAUGAUGUAAUAGUUAUCUUCUACACAUCUAACAAAAAGCUGAAGGCUUGCAUUAAUGCUAAAAUAAAACCCACACACUUAUUAAUAACCUGCUUUAUUCACUUGUAAAUAUUAAAUAUUUCAGAGGUGUAAAAACUUUUUUUUUUUAAAUAAAUGGUAAAAUUUCCAGAUUACCUCCUUAUAUUUAAUCGUCUCUUGCAUUAUUUUCCCAUUUGAGCUUGCAAACAGUCAACCACGAGUUACUGAUUGCCUAAUUUUUUCAACCUGACUAGAUUCUGGUAACUUUUGGAUGACCCCUCGCAAGACAAAGCCAAGACAGGUCUAUUGUACAUGUUAUGGUCUCCCUGAUGUUCUCUUGACAAUUUAAGAUCUCUUUCUCUUUCCAUGGGACUCUAGCAGGAAUGAAAUAAGCUUUCUGAACGCCAACCUAGACACGAGAUUUUGGAUCAUACAAAAAAAAAAUCUGAAUAUUUUUAUUUUUUUAAUUAUAUAAAGUGUGUUUUUUAACCUAAAUGUAACAAUUCCACUCAAAAUCACGUUAUCUCUUUAUUUUUUUUUAUUUUUUUAUUGUAGCUUGAAAAUCUGUGAUUAAGAAUUGGGUAGGGGGUGUGUGUUGCUCAUAAUGAUCCAAUUAAAUCAAUAUUAUUUUGUUAUUUUCUGAAAAUUAUGAGGUACAAUUAAAUCCAGUGAUAAAGUUUCUGCCCUGCCAUUGGCUGGCGAGGUCACGUGGCCACCUAACUUUAUUCAGUUGACAGCAAGUAGGAGGGCUUUAUGGAGGCAGAAAAAAGACAACACCAGAAAAAUUAGUAUUUUCUAUCCUCAGAAAUUAAUGGCCAUGAGUUCGUAUAUGGUAAACUCUAAGUAUGUGGAUCCUAAAUUUCCUCCUUGCGAGGAAUAUUUACAGAACAGCUACUUAGCAGAGCAAGCCUCUGAAUUCUACAGCUCCCCGCAGGGCUCUGAUUAUCAGCACCCAGCCAUCUUCUCCCGGCCAAACUAUAGCGAAGAGUCCUUCAGCUGUAACCAUGCACAGGGCUCUGCAUUGCAGCCUCGGGGUCAGGAGCCAAGCGGACCCCAGAACCACUUCCCUGCAGCAGAGGAACCCUGCCCACCUCCAGUCCCGGUCUCCAGACCCUGCAACCCACAGCAGCACCCCAAAAAUGGGAGCCUCUCUAAGCAGCCUGCCAUAGUGUACCCCUGGAUGAAGAAAGUCCACGUGAACUCAGUCAAUCCAAAUUACACCGGAGUAGGAGAACCCAAGAGAUCCAGGACAGCCUACACCAGGCAGCAAGUUCUGGAACUGGAAAAGGAGUUCCAUUUUAACAGAUACCUGACCAGACGUCGCAGGAUAGAGAUCGCCCACACUCUGGUACUUUCUGAACGACAGAUAAAAAUCUGGUUCCAGAACAGAAGGAUGAAAUGGAAGAAAGACCACAAACUGCCCAAUACAAAAGGAAGAUCUUCAUCCGCUCCUUCUCAGAACCUACACACUGUUACCAAGGACCAUCAGACUGAUCUCACCUCUUUAUAGGAUUUUUAUUUAUUUUUUACUUUUUAUGCUUGCCCUUGCCUAAAAUAUUGACAAUACUUCAUAAAUCCAACAGUUUCAAGCUUGGGGCAGUCAUACCAUUUUCACAGGACUCUCCAAAUCGCUCAUGGGCACCAAGCUGACAAUAAUUCCUUAAAGAACAUUUCUACAAUUCGACUGUCUCCUUUGUAUAUUGCUCUGGACACUGAUGAUCAUAUUUUUUUAUAUUAUUUUACAUCAGGAGGACAUCACAAAGAAAGCAGUGGAAUUGUAUCUUAGGUAAACUCCAAUUCUGUAUGUAUGUUGUCUUUACUGUACAGGGCAGCAUUGGGUUAACAAGGAAAUGAGAGAGGGAGAGAACAAGUUAGUGGUUUCUUAAAACAUAAAUGUGGGGACCAUAUGGGCACCCUGUGCCAUGGUUUCGUUAUUAUUCUUUGUUACUGCCAGUAUGGAACACUCUCUACCAAAAGACAAAAAAAGGGUUAUGAAAUAAACGGGUUAUUUUAUUUGUAAAGUUCAUUCACGUAUUUAUUUAAUAUGAAAUUAUCUAACAUGUAAAAAAACAAAAACAAAAAAAAAAAAAUAUACCAAUACCAAAUAUUCAGGAAGGACAGGAAGAUAGAUGUUUCUGAAUUAAUUUUUAUGGAGGGAAAAUACUGGCUUCCACAUUUUAAGAAUACAAAAUGAUGACUGUUUUUAGAAUUAGAGUUACCUGACAAUGGCUAUUAUAGUUUUAUGUGUUUGAUCACAUUUUGUAGCUACUGUCCUUUUGGGUUUUGAGUAAACAAGAUGAACGUGUAAAAAAAAAUGUUAUUUUUUAUGGGAAAAAUCCCCCACCUUCCCCCCC